AUGACUGAGACUAUGGAAAUUGUGGAGGAGAAAGAAACGAGGGUCAGCAAGAACAGCACUGACGACCAGUUUUUGACGGACCCUGGGAACCAUGGAUCUGACCAUUUCAAAACGCGCAUGUCUCGUUUCAGGUUUGCAACGAGAGAGUACAUGACGCGAUUCACGAAUCACCAAUCCGAGUAUUUAGCCGGUUUACAGGCAAAGCACCAGAGUCAUUUUGGCGACGUGUUUUUCCCCUACACUGCAUUGCUUGGAUCACACACUUUCUACGUUCUAUUUCUGCCGAUGCCCGUCUGGUUUGGCCACUACGAGUUGACAAGGGAUCUCGUGUACAUUUUGGGCUACUCGAUCUACCUGAGCGGGUUCCUGAAGGACUAUUGGUGCUUACCGCGGCCGAGAUCCCCACCGGUGAAGCGUAGCACGCUGAGUGACUACACGGCGAAAGAGUACGGUGCCCCGAGCUCACAUGCGGCGAACGCUACUGGAGCGUCAAUUUACUUCCUGUACUGUAUUUGGGCGUGUGCACCCUUCUCACUCACUUACAAGAUUCUGUUCACUUUACUGACCUGCUUCUACUACUUUUCGCUUGUCGUGGGGAGAGUAUACUGUGGUAUGCACGGGAUGCUCGAUCUGACUGCAGGUAUUGCGUGCGGUGUUGUGUGCGUCGCUGGCCGGCUGCUACUAAGCUACGUGUUUAGGGACUUCCGCAGCGGGGAGACGUGGUGGUUUCCCUUGGUCAGUGUCGCCGUUGGACUGACACUACUGUUCAAACACAUCAGACCCAUCGACGAGUGUCCCUGCUUCGUCGACUCUGUCGCCUUCAUCGGUGUCGCCUCAGGGUACGAGUGUGGUGACUGGUUCCUCCAGAAGUUCCUCCCAAUGCUGUCCUGUGGUGGGUACUCUACAGACGGGCCGAUUGUACUGCUGAGACCCUUUGUGGCCGUGCCCGUCAUCGUUCUGUGGAAGAACGUGAUAAGUAAGCCACUCGUUUACAACGUAUUCUUGAAAGUUAUCGGGUUCCCUGAUGACAGAGCCACAGUGUUACAGAAGAGGGAACAAAAAUUCAACGACCCCGUGUGCUCGCUGUACAUCGGCGAACCCAAAAUCGAAAUCGUCGGGAGAUACAUCAUCUACGCUGGGAUUCCAAUUGCAACUACUGUUGUUUGUCCACUAGUCCUAAAACUAGUAGGUCUGGCGUGA